ACCGCCGCCGCCAUAGAGACUGUAGCCGUGGAGACUGUUACUUACCAACGGGGACCAACACGCAGCAGCCGCCACCGCCGCCGCGGGAGCCGUUGCCCGAACUCCCGGCCGGAACUCCAGCUCGUGGUCUUUCUUGGGUCCUGGACAUCAUGAAUGAUAUGUUGGAGAGUCUCUGGAUUCUGCUGUGUUUCCCCCGCUGGCAUUUAACUUGGCUGGACUCAAACUCUGCCUCUCCUGCAAACUGAGCAUGCAGAAUUCAGAGGGUGGAUCGGAUUCGCCGGCUUCCGUGGCUCUGUGUCCCUCGUCAGCAGCCCAGGCGCCUGUGGCCCAGCCUGUGCCAGCCUCGCCACAGAGGGUGUUGGUCCAGGCAGCAGGCUCGGCUCCCAAGGGGGCUCAGAUGCAGCCCAUCUCCCUCCCCAGAGUGCAGCAGGUGCCACAGCAGGUCCAGCCCGUGCAGCACGUGUAUCCCCCCCAGGUGCAGUACGUGGAAGGGGGGGAAGCCGUCUACACCAACGGAGCCUUGCGGACCGCGUAUGCCUACAACCCCGAACCCCAGAUGUACGCCCCCAGCAGCUCCGCGUCGUACUUCGAGGCCCCGGGCGGUGCCCAGGUGACCGUGGCAGGCUCCUCCCCGACGGCAGUCCCCGCCCACAGCAUGGUGGGCAUCACCAUGGAUGUCGGGGGCAGCCCCAUCGUCUCCGGCACGGGAGCCUACCUCAUCCACGGGGGCAUGGACGGCACCCGGCACUCCCUGGCGCACACAUCCCGCUCAUCACCCGCUACGCUUGAAAUGGCGAUUGAAAACCUCCAAAAAAGCGAAGGGAUCACAUCACACAAAAGCGGUUUACUCAACAGUCAUCUCCAGUGGCUCUUGGAUAAUUACGAAACCGCAGAAGGCGUGAGUCUCCCCAGAAGUUCGCUCUACAACCACUACCUUCGCCACUGCCAGGAACACAAGCUGGACCCCGUGAACGCGGCCUCCUUUGGGAAGCUGAUCCGCUCCGUGUUCAUGGGCUUGAGGACGCGGCGGCUGGGUACCAGGGGCAACUCCAAGUAUCAUUACUACGGGAUCCGUCUGAAGCCAGACUCGCCCCUGAACCGGCUGCAGGAGGACACGCAGUACAUGGCCAUGCGGCAGCAGCCUGUGCAUCAGAAGCCCAGGUACCGGCCAGCCCAGAAGACGGACAGCCUUGGGGAGAGCGGCUCGCACGGCAGCCUGCACAGCACACCUGAGCAGGCCAUGGCUGCCCAAAGCCAGCACCACCAGCAGUACAUCGAUGUGUCCCACGUCUUUCCGGAGUUCCCGGCGCCCGACCUGGGCAGUGUCCUGCUGCAGGAGAAUGUCACGCUGCACGACAUCAAGGCCCUUCAGCUGGCCUACCGGCGGCACUGCGAGGCCACGUUAGAUGUCGUGAUGAACCUCCAGUUCCACUACGUUGAGAAGCUGUGGCUUUCCUUCUGGAAUUCUAAAGCCUCCGGCGACGGCCCUGCCUCUCUACCUACCAGCGACGAGGAGCCGGAGGGCGCCGUCCUCCCCAAGGACAAGCUGGUAUCUUUGUGCAAGUGCGACCCCGUGCUCAGGUGGAUGAGGACCUGCGACCACAUCCUGUACCAGGCGCUAGUGGAGAUCCUCAUCCCAGACGUGCUGCGGCCCGUGCCCAGUACCCUGACACAGGCCAUCCGCAAUUUUGCCAAGAGCUUGGAAGGCUGGUUGACGAACGCCAUGAGCGACUUCCCACAGCAGGUCAUCCAGACCAAGGUCGGCGUGGUCGGCGCCUUCGCACAGACCCUGCGGCGCUACACGUCGCUCAACCACCUGGCGCAGGCGGCCCGGGCAGUGCUGCAGAACACGGCGCAGAUCAGCCAGAUGCUGAGCGACCUCAACCGCGUGGACUUCGCCAACGUGCAGGAGCAGGCCUCGUGGGUGUGCCAGUGCGAGGAGGGCGUGGUGCAGCGUCUGGAGCAGGACUUCAAGCUGACCCUGCAGCAGCAGAGCUCCCUGGACCAGUGGGCCAGCUGGCUGGACAACGUAGUCACCCAGGUCCUGAAGCAGCACGCGGGCAGCCCCAGCUUCCCGAAGGCUGCGCGGCAGUUCCUGCUGAAAUGGUCCUUCUACAGCUCCAUGGUGAUCCGCGACCUCACGCUGCGCAGCGCCGCCAGCUUUGGCUCCUUCCACCUCAUCCGGCUGCUCUACGACGAGUACAUGUUCUACCUGGUGGAGCACCGCGUCGCCGAGGCCACUGGGGAGACGCCCAUUGCCGUGAUGGGAGAGUUCAACGAUCUUGCCUCCCUGUCGCUGACACUGCUCGACAAAGGUGGGUGUGUCUGGGCUUUCCCUCCUGUCCUGGGCCUGGUGGCGAUCAGCGCGGCCCCUGGGGCGGGGACACUGGGCAGCAGCCCACUGGGGGCUCAGAGCAGAGGCCCUGCCCCUCCUACUGGAUUACGUUUACUCCUCUCCCUGGUUCCCUGCACACCAGGCCCCUCAGCGCAGGGCCACGGACAGGACUGGUGCCGGUGCUGGGGCUGGCGGGGUGAGGGCCUCCUGCGGCCACGUCCAGAGGGGGAGCAGGGCAGGUGGGCCAGAGAGCGCCCCCCCCCGGGGCCCCAUACCCUGCCCCGUGGAGGUGGGGGGGCCCAACCGCCAAGGGCGAUGCUGCCGGGAGCACAGCCCAGGCACGUGGGCAUUGGUCGUGGGGAGGAAGGCCUCCAGGUUGACUGGGUCAACCCAGGCCCAGGCUAAGGCAGUGCCCUGCCCUGGCCCCUUCGCGCCCCCUGAAGAUGUGCCCCGCGCCCCACCCCGCCUCCACAGAUGACCUCAGCGAGGACCGUGGAGGCAGCGACGCCCGCUCGGAGGCCCGAGGCCGGGGCGAGCCCCUGGUGAAGCGGGAGCGCAGCGACCCCAACCACCCGCUGCAGGGCGUCUAGCUGGGCCGCGCUGCCCCGGCUCCAGGUCCCAGAGCUCCGCCGCGGUAGUGCCUCCUUUACUCUGAGUGCCGGGGCCCCUGGGCCAGGGCGCCCUUAAAGGACACGCUCUCCCUCAAGAGGAAAACCGUUGUGACCGCGACCGAAGCUCAGAUGGGGCGCCCAGACCCCUUUUCCUUCUUCUGAAUGUUCCUUCCCCCACUGCAAACAUCCCCCUCCAGAGCUGGAAGGGGCCGUGCUGAGCGAGUCGCUACCUCCACUUUGGGCAUCUCCCCCUGCCAGCUCGUUCCGAUUUGCACCCUGAUUUGAAAAAACUCCAGCGGGUCCUGGGGAGGAAGGGAUGUCCCGCAACCGUCGGGCAGCGCCAAGCGGGCCGUGUCCCCGCAGCCCCCCUCAGGCCCUGUGGUGGGAGAGGCCAUCUCGGUCCUCGCCCCGUGGCCUCCUGCCCUGCCGGCCGCCAGGCACCCCGUCUCUAGACCCCGAAGGGAUCAGAAGCAGCCGCCAGUUGCGUCCCCGGACGGCACGCAUCCCACGGCCCCACGUGGCUCAAAGAACACGUCACGGAAGCGGGCCCGCUCGUGGUGGGGGCGGGGCCUUUCCAAAUCAAAGCCAGAAGCUUGAUGAGCAACCAGAAGGACUGUGAAUCUGUCCAGGUUCACAGCCAACGUCAAGUUCAACUGUGAGGUCUGGAAUGAGUUUGUUCCAAGGGGGCCGGGAGGUCAGGGUCUCCGCCGCGCCGUCAGAGGGCAGCCAUCCUGCCAAGUCUGUGCACGAGCAGCCAUGCCUGAGCCCCACUCCACAGAACCUUCCAGAACGUCUGCCUUUGAAGUAGCGAUCCCAGAGCACUGGGACCCCGGCAGGUCCCAUCUUGAACUGCUCAGGGUCCAAACUCUUCUCUGGGGACAAACGAAUCCCAAGGGCUGUCCCAGGCCUGACCUCGAAACUCUCCAGAUCUGUGUCCCUCGUAACGUGUUGCACCAGUAAGCCCUGUGCCAGAGUUCCGCUCCCGAAGCAGCUGCAAAGAAGAAAGACAAACCUCUGGUCCAAGAAGCAUCGACUUCUCAAAUGCAAUAAUUUCUCCUUUUGGAAAUAUGUUCAUACAAAUAGUUUUGUGCUGUAAUUGUUACUAGAACAUUCCUUAUGAAUGUGUAUAUCGCAGUAUAUUCAGUCCCCCAUGUUGUUUUCUCAUUCAUGCAGAAGGUACUAAUGUAAACUCACGAGGCCUUUAAACACCCUACUUCUCGACAAGCAGGAGCGCUGUGCGUCCCUGGCGCCCGCAGGUGCCCGGGGAGAGCAGCAGGGAAGGACGAGAAAUCUCAUUUUAAGAAACCAAAAGCCUGUCAUGAUCACAACGUGCGUGUGGUCUUAAAGUUGCAGACUCAGAUGAACUCAGACAGAAGGAAUGUCUUUAAAGCUGCAUCUCCUUUCCUGGGAGACGUUCAAGCUCACGGCUCCUGGAUUGUGACGCCUGCCUUUUCUUCCACGUUUCUGCCUUACGCUCUGUCUAGUCCUUUGCCGGAUUCCGCGAGGAGGAAUAUAAAUGACGGUAAAGACACCAGCCUUCCGAGCCCGUUCUCGUUUCCCGUUGCAAUAAACACACUGAACGUGCCCGUUGUGGGUCGCAGUCCACGCUCCAGCCUUUGCCCCGCCGCCCACUCCAGUGGCCUUGGAGGACGAAGCCCUCCCUCCCGCACUCCCCUGGCCCUGGCACAGCCAGCCUGGCCAGACCUGGGCCACACGAGCCCAGGAAGGGAGGGCAGCAGUGCUCUCCUCCGGCUCUCUGGGGAAUGUUCCAGAAGGAGCAUUUAGCAAGGCCAGAGAGGGCAAGAAAACAACUCUCAGCCCAGGAUGGGCGAGACUGUAAACAGACUAAACUGGUUCAGAGACGCAGAAUAAACCCACGCUCCGGCCGCUGACACAGCACACUGGUUGUUUACGGGGUUAAUCUGGUAAAGCGGUGGGGCCCGAACUUCAGAACCCCCUAAGAAUCAGGGCGUGAGCUUCUUCCGAAAUCGCCAGUUCCUGGGCGCCAUCCCCAGAGAGCCUGGCUCGUGGGCUGAAGGUGCGGGCCGGGCAUCCGUACUGUUGUGACCACCCACUCUGGGGGCCCGUGACACAGGGCAUUAUAGGACUUUGAAGAAACCCUGCAGAGGAGAGCGAUGCGCUCAGGAAGGGCCCACAGGGGGGAGGAUGUUCCAGAAACGUGGACGCAGUUCCCCGUUAGUCGCCCAUAAGAGCUGCUUCUCAGGGGCCAGGCUGGUGCCCUGUGUGCCGCCGGAGAUGCUCAGCCUUGGCCCCAGACCGGGCCCCUCUGUCCCGGGUGGAGGCCCUGGGGACCCCAGGUGACACUAAAAUCAUCCAUCGCUAUCCCAGGCUGGGAACUCCAGGGCCUGCGCUUGGCUUAAGGCUCUGCUGCCACCAUCCUGAAAUUCUUAAGAGUUUUCCACCAAAGGGCCCCUGCUUUAAUUUUGCACUGGGCCCCACCAAUACUGUGGCCAAUCCUGGGGAGGAGCUCUCAGGACCCAAGCAUGCAGCCUCCCCUCAGCCGGGUGGCCAGGCCCUGACUCCAGGCCGACUCCUCUGCCAGGCUCUCAGAACCCAGCGGAACCCAGACUCGUCCCUACCCUCCCGUGGUUCACGAUUUCAGCCCGAGGCCCCCUGAGCAGCACCAGCUCUUGCGGGGAGCAGGAGCCGCCCCUGAAUCUUCCCCCUUGGAGAUCCCGGCCCGGGGCCAGGCGGCAGGGUCCCUGGGAGGGGAGAGCACCUUAGGGCCUGGGUGGCUGGCGAGGCUCUUGAGCACAGGAGAUGCCCACGUGAUUCCUGCCCCAGGAGCUGGAGAGGAGACGAGGAGGGGAGGCUGCCGAAGGCCCGUGGGUCCCUAGCCCAUUGGGUAGGGCUCCGGGGCACAGGCACAGCAAAAGGGGGACCCAGUCCUACCAAGAGCCUCCAGGAGGUCCUGACCGAUCACAGUGGCUUCUUGUCAUUGUGGUCCAUUCUUCUCUUCUUUUUGACAGUCUUCCAAGGUAGGUGUUAACCCCGCCCACCAUUGUGCACAUGGGGAAAAUGAGGCUGCUGGCUGGAAUGCAAGCAGGAUGGCUGGAGCCCCGGCAGCCAUCUUGGACCUCAAGGUGAACAUCAUAAAAUAAGGAUGGCAAAGCAAUGAGACAGAAGGUACCUGGGUUCCUGGUGAUCAUUAUAACCCUAAUGGCCCUGAGUCAGAGUGCAAUAAGCCACAGUUUGGGAGGGUUGCAGGGGGACCCAUAGACGUUCUAGCCUCCAAGAACUCUCUGGUAGCAAGAACUCUGAAGUGAGAUGCGAGGCGUGCAUGCGCGUGCAUGCGUGCGUGCGCGCGCGCACACACACACACACACACACACACAUACACAUCAGCUGCAGGAAUGCUAAGUAAGAAGGGAGAGAUUCUCCCUGGCUGGGAGUGUCACCCCCACCCCAGUUUUCCUCCCACUUCUCUGGCUGCCCCCCCACCCCCUGCACCUGGGUCCUGCUCCUUCCACACCCUCCAUGACCUCGUCCACGUGCUGCUGACUUGCUCCACAGCUGCCUGCCCACCGUGGCUCAG